AAAAGAACAGCUUGUAACAGCAUUGUGUUCAGGCAUUAUUCAAGAAUCCUCAUUGUUUGCGUUGACUUGAGCAAGGACCCCAGGAUGUCCAUGCUCGCUGAACCCCGCAGGAAACAGAAGUGGUCAGUCGAUCCCAGGAACAGCGCCUGGAGUAAUGACGACUCGAAAUUCGGUCAGAAAAUGCUGGAGCGAAUGGGCUGGUCCAAGGGCAAAGGUCUGGGGAGGAGUGAGCAAGGCUCCACCGACCACAUCAAAGUAAAGGUUAAAAAUGACAGCUAUGGGUUUGGAGCCAACGCCAGUUACGAGGUGACUACAGACAACUGGAUUGCUCACCAAGAUGAAUUCAAUGAUCUUCUUGCUCAGCUGAACGGUCACCAUGGUCAAAACACCACAGAUGAAACCCCGUCAGAGGAGAAGAAAGGUUUCAGCCUCGAGGAGAAAUCCAAAACCUCCAAAAAGAGAGUCCAUUACAUGAAGUUCACCAAAGGAAAGGACCUGUCCUCUCGCAGCGAAAAGGAUCUAAACUGUAUCUUUGGAAAGAGGACCAAGCCUACCAAACAUCAAGAGCCGCCUGAAGAAGCCGGCAGCUGUCGGCGAAACCGUAGCUACAAACAGGAAAACAGCAAAACUAAUUCUCCAUGUGAGUCGUCGGAGUGUGGCACUCCUUCUGAGCUGGAUGCCGAGUCCGUCACCAAGACCGUGACCAGUUCUCUGAGCAUGCAGGAGUAUUUUGCUCAGCGAAUGGCUCAGCUGAAGAAGGCUCGCGAAGCUCAGGGUCCAGCUGAAGACGUCAACAGCAGCAGCGAUGAUGCAGAAGAGCCCAAAAAGAAAAAGACGAAGAACAAAGACAUUGUGGAGGUGAUGGAAGUGGUAGAAGAGCAGUCCAGUGUCUUCGUCAUCGAGGAUGAAGACAACCAGAAUCAAACGUGUUCAAGGAAGAAAAAGAAGAGGAAAAACACAAAACAUUGUGCAGAUGAAAACUGUAGCUCUGUUAUUGUUCUGGAUGAUGAUUGUGGAGAAGUGAUCCCCUCUAAAAAGAAAAAGUCUAAAAAGAAGAACAGAGAACUUUUAAAUGGACACGCGCAAACAGAAAAUACAGCUGAAGAGCGUGUGGUUAUACAGGAGGAUGUGAAGGAGUGUAACCGUGAGCCAGUAGUUAAGAAAUCCAAGAAGAAGAAGAGAAAGAGAGGAAAUCAAGAAUAAGGUUGGGUGUUUAGUUUAAAUCCUUCAGAUUUCCAAAUGAUUUGAUCCUCACAUUUAUAUGAGAUGGAACCGUUGGAGCUGCUCAGAUUAAAGUAAAUUACCUGAAACUUCAGGGUUUUAUAAAAACCACUUCUAAAAUUAAAAUUUAAAAUGUUAAAGACGAAAAAGAACCAACAGCAGUUUUCCCUUAAACUGAAAAUGGAUUAAAUUUGUUCAUCUUAAAAUAUCUAUUCAUUACAACGGGGUGCUGUUGCCCCUUCCUGUGCACACACGUUACUAUUUAUUUAAGCUCAAUUAGACAUUGUCUCCUUGCUUCGUUCAUCCUGUACGUCUCAUUUAAAGUGAUAUCAUGCAACACAAUGAACUUUGAUGUGAUGUAAAUCUAGACACUAAUUGUUGUUUAAGAACCAGAAAAUGUUUUAUUUACCUGGAUUCCUCCAUUUCAAAUAAACAUGAUCCAGCAAG